UGACAACAAUGAUAAAUAUGAUAACAAUAACGCGUUUGGAAUUCACCAGUUAAUGUUUACAGCAGCUGGAGCCAUAGGUGUGACUUCAGCUAUUUGGAUAAUUUUAGGUUUAUCUUGCAAAAGGUAUAUGUCUCAGGACGUUAAUGGCAAGGGAAACAGGACUGCUGAAGAACACCAGCAUACUGAUUAUAGUUCCAAUGAACCACAAUACAUCGGACCAAAAAACCAACUACCUGCAACGUCCACAAAUUUCAGUCGAAUGGAGAGAAGCACUCGGUCAUCAGCAAAAUCACAAUACUCAAGAAACAAGCUUCGAAGGUCUCAGUCGCUUUUAGAUGGAAAUGGUCAAUCCGACAGAUACUCAGACGAUUACAAUCAUUUAGAUUUUCAUAGAAAGUUCAAGUCACCCAAAAAACUUAAUAACAAUCAAAACUACAGCAAGUUAAAAAUAAUGGCACCACAUCGAUGCGCAAAUACCAACAAUGAGGACUUUGAAGAAGAAAGUAGCUAUGUUUCCCUUGUUCUAGAUGACACACUGUUAGUUUCAGUGUCAAACGCAUUGCAAAUACGACAGGAAGAUAUGGAUAAACAAAAGGAGCCUGACUGUAAUAAAACUGAAAAUGAAAGCAGAAGUAAUGGAGAUCACAAUAAUACAGACCUACCAACAUACUGCAAUGUAGAUGAAACUUUUUCUGACACUAGCAAUAGUAAUAUUGACAUACAGCGUGAUUUACUUUAUUGUACAGAUUGUAAUAUUGGCUUAACUAUCAAACUCUGAUAUAAAAAUAUUAAAUUUUCGAA